UUUCUGGAGCCCCUGUCUGGUGUGAUGGUUCAUGCUCGGAUGCUUUGCUGCAGUCUCGCUCCAAGCGCGCGCACAGCGGCGGCGGAUUUGAUCAGACUCUUUGCGCAUCGGAUUUAAUUUGACGUGAUGCGUUCAGGAAGGUGAUGGAGACCCACCGCGACUUCUUGCCUCAUUUAUCCUCCAUCCAUCCAGACCCGUUUGGAGAUCUGAACAUGACCGACGGAAUGAGAAGAUGAUCCAAUGCGCACCAAAAAAAAAAAAAAGAAAAAAAAAAAGAACAAGAAGAAGAAGAAGAAGAAGAAACCCAACAACCCCGGAGGCGUCCGAGCGCGUGGAGGCGUGAGGGAGUGUUUCAGCGGGAUCUCGGGAUGGUGGAGACGCUGAGCAUCGCCGUGAUCGGAGCCGCCGGCGUCGGCAAAACUUCCAUCAUCCGCCGAUUCGUGUACGACGACUUCUCCGACUGCUCCAGCCCGACCCGAGCGCGACGCGUCUACCGACCGUCGGUGGUCCUCAACGGCCACAUGUACGAGCUCAAGAUUUUGGACGUCCCGCCAAUCGCCGCGUUUCCUUCCAGUCCUGCGCAGGAGUGGCUGGACCCACGUUGCAGAGGGGUGCGUAACGCCAGCGCCUACAUCCUGGUCUACGACAUCUGCUGCGUAGAGAGCUUCGAAUACGUCAAGAUGAUACGACAGCAGAUUGUAGAUAACAGAGAGGGCAGCAGCAGCAGUAGUGAUGUUCCCAUCCUGGUGGUUGGCAGUAAGAGGGAUCUGCAGCGGCAGCGUUUCGCUCAGCGCCGCACCGUCUCCGUGCUGGUGAAGAAAACGUGGAAGUGCGGCUACGUGGAGUGUUCGGCUAAGUUCAACUGGCACGUUCUCCUGCUCUUCAAAGAGCUGCUGGGCAUCGCAGUGGCCCGAGGACUCCGGCACAACCACACCUCCAUCCGCCUGCAGGGCGCGCUGCACAGGAACCGCUGCUCCGUCAUGUGACCGCUCGCGCCUGAUCACGUGACCCCGAACAUCCACGCUGAGGAAAAGUUUCAGUUCAUGCUAACGCAGCCGGAUUGUUUUUACCUCGCUGUGUUUCGUGUUUUAUUUUUUUCCUACACCACGAGAAGGAAAGGAAAAUUAAUCCAUUCCACCGUCAGAUUCCGAUAAGACAUUUUUCAUGUUUAGGAAAUUGUUGACUUCCCACAGAGGGAGAGAGAGAGAGAGAGAGAGUGAGGGAGAGAGAGGGAGAGAAGGAGAGAGAGGGAGAGAGAGAGAGAGGGAGAGAGU